GGACAUUAUUUAUUGAACAAUAAAUAUGUGCCAAACAUUUGUAUUUCUGUUAUCUUUAACACUCAGAACUACCAGAUAAGAUAAAUACUAUAUUUUUGAAGGUGAGGAUAGAAGCACGGAGAAGGGUAAAUUGGGCUAAGACCACACAGUAAGAAAGAAUGUAUUUCCAUACUCCAUUUUUACAAGGACAUUUAUAUGUUGAUAUGGAUCCAUAGGGUCUUUGUUUUGUUUUUGUCUUUCAACAAGAAUCACUAAUCCAGAGCCGCUUUUGUUUUUUCGCUGUAAAAAUGACAAUUACAUUUGGAAAUUUUGGAGAAGUGACAAAAGAUAAAUCACCCCAUAAUCACACGCUUACAACCGUCCCCCCUACCAUAUUACUUUGAAAUAAUUCCUUCUAGUCUCUUUUUGCACCCUCCUAGUCCAUUUAAUAGGCCAAAUGAAUUGACAGGCCAAAGAACAGGCAGUGCAGUAAACAUAAUACUAGCUAGUUGAAAAGGGUCGCGCGGUGGGGGGCAGGGGGUCGGAAAUCCUACACCCAUGGCAAACAAAGAAAAAUGAAGAGAUACAAACCCCUAUUUGAAGAAUGAGGCCAUUCACUGGGGGUGAGGUUAGUGGAGUUGGGCAGAUUGAAAGGCUAGAUCUUUAAAAUGACUGCAUCUGUAAUGUGUCCGUUGGAAAACGCAGUAAUAAAAGAUGUGGGGAAGGGUAUGCCUAAAUAUUUUCUAUUUGAAAACCAUUUGUGACUAUGACUAUAAAAUCCAAGUGCAAUUUAAGAAGGUGGUCAACUUUAAGUAUUGACUAUUAAUACCUUUCCUGACCACCUACCGAUUUGAUUCUGGAGACUGUAAUCUACUCACAGGAGAUUAUGCCUGGUAGAAAUCUCUUCGGGAGACCACACAACUAAGAAGCAGGGGUACUUUAUUAGCCGAAUAACACCUUUUGACUUUUUACACCAGUUCUCCCCUCUACCUUCCUGUAUUAACAGUUUUACCUCUACAGGGACUCAGGGUGGGAGGCCUAUCAGAACCCAGAGAAGAGUCGGUGCGAUGGGCAACUGGGGAACUCCGGCGCACAUCUUGCCCCAGGGGGGACAGUAUCGUCUUGCAGUCGUUGCCACAACGCUACGCUGGUGCCCGGUAACGACACUCUCCGCGCCACACCCAGCGCCAGCCUCUUGGAUCCCCAGGAAGACCAGGGCCGAGCGACAAACACGCAGCACACGCGAACGCCAAACGCUUCCCAGAAAGCUGUGCGCGAGCCUACAACUCCCAUGAUGCUACGCCGGGAACUGCCCGGCUCCUCGCAGGAAAUAGGCAGCUCACCCUGCCACCUGUGCACACAUUUUUCUUCAAUGUAUAGUUCCUCGGCGCGCCUCUGGCCUUUUCCCGGAGCUCUUCAAUCCCAGAAGCUAUAGCACAACGGCUGAAUCGCCAGGACCCCCGGGGAGGCGUGACUUCAGAACCGGAAGAAGCUCCUGUUGCCAAGGGAACGGUGCCUGCCAAGGCGCCUGCUCAGCGACUGAUGCACAGACUGCUGCAGAGGCUGCCGGUUUUCCCAAGUUCUAGAGACGGCUUUGCUCAUUACCAGGCAUCCUUCCCAUGUAGGCAUCGAGAAGAAGGCUGAGGGACCCUCGCACCAGAUUUCCAUCCCGGAGACCGAUACGAGUGCGUCCAUUCCUGUUGCCAGCUCCUGCGCCCUCCGGACUAACCUCAAAAACCAGAAAAACUGCCUGCUCUUCUAAAUUGUGUGUCCCAAAAUAUUUCAUUAACAAGUAUCAAGUGAUAAUCCAUGGAAAAGUGAUGGAAAGUCACAAUACAAGCUGGUUUGUAAAUAUUUGAAUCACAUUAUGGGAUUGCUAGACAGACUUUCAGUCUUCCUUGGCCUGAAGAAGAAGGAGGUUCAUGUUUUGUGCCUUGGGCUAGAUAAUAGUGGCAAAACGACGAUCAUUAACAAACUUAAACCUUCAAAUGCUCAAUCUCAAAAUAUCCUUCCAACAAUAGGAUUCAGCAUAGAGAAAUUCAAAUCAUCCAGUUUGUCAUUUACAGUGUUUGACAUGUCAGGUCAAGGAAGAUACAGAAAUCUCUGGGAACACUAUUAUAAAGAAGGCCAAGCUAUUAUUUUUGUCAUUGAUAGUAGUGAUAGAUUAAGAAUGGUUGUGGCCAAAGAAGAACUCGAUACUCUUCUGAAUCAUCCAGAUAUUAAACACCGUCGAAUUCCAAUCUUAUUCUUUGCAAAUAAAAUGGAUCUUAGAGAUGCAGUGACAUCUGUAAAAGUGUCUCAGUUGCUGUGUUUAGAGAACAUCAAAGAUAAACCCUGGCAUAUUUGUGCUAGUGAUGCCAUAAAAGGAGAAGGCUUGCAAGAAGGUGUAGACUGGCUUCAAGAUCAGAUCCAGACUGUGAAGACAUGAAAAGAUAAUAGUUGGAAACCUCAGCAAUUUUCAAUUCAAGGAAUCUAUCUAAGGCAAAUAGAAUACUUUACAUUUUGUAAAAGAUGUUUAUGCAUCAAAAAAUAUAAUUUUCUGCUUGCAUUUAUGGACUCUGACCUUUUUAAGAACAUAGGACUUCAGGUAUGCUAAUUUGGCCAUUAAUUAUUUAAAAACUAAAUAUUCCCUCAAAAGGGCUCCCUAGAAUUAUCAACUUCUUAGUGAAGGUCUACAUUUGAUUGUAUGUAGAAUGUUUAAAAGUCAGUUAUAAGCCAUCUCAUCCCAUCAUAAUUUAUGAUAUGUUUAAUAUAUUUUAUUUUUUAAUUGUCUUUUUAAAAAAUUUAGUUUAUGACUUUGCAGUAUGAAUUGUGCUUGUGAAAAAGAACUUUAAAUAUUUAUAAGGGACCAUGGGUAAUUAAUAUAUAUUCAAUUUUUACUAUGUGUCACUGUCAAUAAAAUGUAAAAUAUAAUGUGCCAACUGGUGUGCUUUGUUUAUGCUGAAAAGAAUAAUGCUCUGUUAGUAUGGUAUUUCGUGUCAUACUGUCAAGCAUUUGUAAACCAUCUGAGACUAAGUUAAGCUGAAUUUAUUUAUUCAGUGUAUGUUGAACAUCUCUACACCAACUAGUCAGACAUAGUCCUAGGCAAUGAUGUUACGAGGUAAAUAAGACAUAUCCUUAUCUUCAGAGAACUUAAAAUUUAAUGAGGGAUAAUUUGAGAACCUUUCCAUGGAUAGUAUCUAAUUUUAUUUCAUUGGCUGAAUGAAAAUAUUGCAUCUUCAGAUUAAGAGGUAUAAAGUAAAUUAAUAUUUGACUGUUCAGUAAUCAUUACUGACAUCUUGUUUUUCCCUUUUAAAUGCCUCCAAUUUACCAUAGCACUUUGUUAAAAUAAAUUGUGACUUUUAACUUUUUCAUGAACAUAACUGCUACAUAAAUGUUCUUUAGAAUUUUAGACAUAUCUCAGGCACACAAAUUAUUAGUUCUCACAAAUUAGAGAACACUUAUAAUUGUGAACUCUAAAUAGAAACCUUCAUUUUAAUCACUGAGCAACAGUAUAUAGAGCAAUAUUGUUUAUCCUGAUAAACAUUGCUUAUAAAGAAAAACUGUAAUAUACAAUAUAUACCAUCUCAAGUAUGCUUAGCUUUGAAAAUGAUGAAAAUAGAAGGCAAACGUAAGUGAGUAAUAAAGAUGUUAUAGUAACUGCAGUAGUGGUACAUGUUUCACAAAGAUUUUGAUAAAAGCACAUAAAGCUACAAUAAAAGUUCUAUAUUGCAGUUUCUUAUAGUCCAGAAAUAGCAGUGAUUUGGCAUUUGGCAAAUUGAAAGUUACCCAGAAAAUUCCAAUGGCUCAGCAUCUUAGCUAGUUUACCAUCUCUCUUGUAAAUUGUUUUAGAGGAUACAAAAUGAAAAUCUCAUUAAUCUAAAGUUGCUGCAGAUAUAGGAAGGACAUAAGGAUGGAAACAAUGAAUGUAAUUUUUUAAAAAACUGAUAUGCUACAACUAUUUUAGGAUGGAGAAAGAAUUGAUUGAGAAUUGAAAUCCUCACUCACUUACCAUAAGGUAGUAAUAAAAUUAAUAAUAGUUACUACUAUAUGAUCAUUAUAUUAUAAGCAGGUAUUACACAUACAGAAUUUUCAUCAUUUAAUCCUCCCAAUAAGCCUAUGUGGCAGGUUUUAUUAUUUCCAUUUUAUAGAUCAGUAAACUGAGGCGUUAAAAUGUUAUGUAAUUUGCCAAAGUUCAAAAAGCUGGUAAGUCUGGUACUAGGAUUCAGUACCAAGCAGUCUGUUUUAAGACAGAUGAUUCAAGAGUAUGAUAGAUAUUAGAAAUACAGAUAUAUCUGCCAGAAUAACAAUUAAAAUGAUAGAAAAGGCUCUUACUUGGGACAGCAACCAGGACAGGGAUGGUAGAGGGAAGGUCAGAGACUAGAGACUGCUCUUUGCUUUUUUUGUUUUCUUUUUUUUUCUUUUAAAGCUAUUAACACUACUCAAAUUUUAAACUCUGGAUACAAAUGACUUUGAUAAAAGUCCUUAAAACUAUUUUGACAUUAAAUUAUUUGGUAUUCCACAAACUACACUAGCUCAUACCUAUGCAAAUAUUUAGAAGAAGGAGAAGUACCCUUUUUCUUUGUUUUCAUGAUCUCCAAAAUCUAGUUUUUAGUCUAUAAACAUCCAUCCCUACUCCACAUUUUCAUGUAAAGAUUAUGUAGAAGUAAGUUGGGCAACAGUGUAGUCACAGGAUGUCAUAUUAAGUGUGAAUAAGCUGAGAUUAUUGCAUUUGUAUUUAGCAUAUUAUACAAUUAAAAUGUAUUUUAUUAAAGCUGAAGCAAGUUUUCUUUCAUGUCUAGACAUCAGUGUGUUACAGAGUUUAAUUCAUUAAGCUCUGUAUUUGAAUAUAACAGCUUGUAAAAAUGUUUGAAACUUAUCCUCUUGUAUGUUAGAUAUUUAAAUAUUUGUAUAUGGCACUAUUCAGCCUGUGCUUUAUAAAUCACAAAAGAGCUGGGUUUUAUAUGUUUGUUUUUUAUUUCUAAGUUCUCUGUGAAAAAGUUACAAAUUGUCUCCUUAAGAUAUUUUUUCUUUGUAAUUUUUUUAUAUCAUGUUGUGAUUUUCAUAAAUAUGUGCAGUUACUCUUGAUAAUACUUGUCUUAUUCAUUUCAGGUUGCUAUAACAAAGUACCAUAGACUGGGUGGCUUAUAAACGACAGAAAUUUAUUUCUUACAGCUCUGGAGCUGGAAGUCUGAGAUCAGAUUACCAGCAUGGUUGGGUUCUGGUGAGAGCUGUCUUGGUUGCAGACUGCCAUCUUCUUGUAUCCUCACAUGGCCAAAAGAGGGCAAGAGAACUCUCUGGAGUCUGUUUGAUAAGAGCAUGAAUCCCAUUACAUCUUCACAUGGCUCCUCCCAAAGACCCCACCUCCUAAUAUCAUCACAUAUCAUCACAUAGGGGGUUAGAAUUUCAACAUAGAAAUUUUCGGAGAACACAAACAUUCAGUCAGUUGCAAUACUUAAGGCAAAUUCAUCUUGCUUAUAACUCUGGUGCAUGUGCAUUAAAAUACUAUUGCAUUGUAA